AUGGCAUCUUCAGCUUUGUUUUGCAUCAGUUCAACAGCUGUUUUUGCAAGAACCCACUUUCCGAUUCCAAUCUUGAACAACUCCUCAGUAGAAUUCUUGUCUUCCACAAACUGUGACUUCAACUUCAAAACCAAGGCAAGUACUAGUGCUAAGAAACUGACACAAGUGAGAGCUGUAGUGACUGAGGCACCUGCUGUGGGUGAAUCGGAAGGGAAACAGUCAGAACAAAGGAAGCCAAAGGUUCUUGUUGCUGGAGGUGGGAUUGGAGGGUUGGUUUUUGCAUUGGCAGCGAAAAGGAAAGGGUUUGAGGUGAUUGUUUUUGAGAAGGAUUUGAGUGCAGUAAGAGGAGAAGGACAAUAUAGGGGUCCAAUUCAGAUACAGAGCAAUGCAUUAGCUGCUUUGGAAGCUAUUGAUUUAGAGGUUGCUGAAGAGGUUAUGAGAGUUGGGUGUAUCACUGGGGAUAGGAUUAAUGGACUUGUUGAUGGGGUUUCUGGUACUUGGUAUGUCAAGUUUGAUACCUUCACCCCUGCAGCAGAACGUGGGCUUCCAGUCACAAGAGUUAUCAGCCGUAUGACUUUGCAACAAAUACUAGCUCGAGCAGUUGGAGAUGAAGUGAUUUUUAAUGAUAGUAAUGUUGUUAGUUUUCAUGAUGAUGGGAAUAAGGUCAGUGUGGUGCUCCAGAAUGGUCAACAAUAUGAAGGCGAUCUCCUAGUUGGUGCGGAUGGAAUAUGGUCAAAUGUGAGGAAGAAUUUAUUUGGGCCCAAGGAAGCGGUGUACUCAGGCUAUACAUGUUAUACUGGUAUAGCAGAUUUUGUACCCGUUGAUAUUGAAACUGUUGGGUAUCGUGUAUUUUUGGGUCACAAACAAUACUUUGUUUCUUCAGACGUGGGUGCUGGAAAGAUGCAGUGGUAUGCAUUUCACAAGGAACCACCUGGUGGUGUGGAUGGUCCCCGUGGUAAAAAGGAUAGGCUGUUGGAAAUAUUUGAGGGUUGGUGCGAUAACGUGGUAGAUUUGAUUCUGGCCACAGAUGAAGAUGCCAUUCUUCGACGUGACAUAUAUGACAGGGAACCCAUUUUUAAUUGGGGAAAGGGUCGUGUGACCUUGCUUGGGGAUUCUGUCCAUGCCAUGCAACCGAAUAUGGGUCAAGGGGGAUGCAUGGCCAUUGAGGAUAGCUACCAACUUGCAAUGGAGCUUGAUAGAGCAUGGAAACAAAGCAAUGAAUCAGGAACGCCUGUCGAUGUUAUUUCAUCACUAAGGAGCUAUGAGAAUGCUAGAAGACUUCGAGUUGCCAUUAUCCAUGGAAUGGCAAGAAUGGCAGCAAUUAUGGCUUCAACAUACAAGGCGUAUUUGGGUGUAGGACUUGGUCCACUGUCGUUCUUGACAAAGUUUCGGAUACCUCACCCUGGAAGAGUCGGUGGCAGGUUUUUUAUUGACAUAGCAAUGCCUGUAAUGCUCGAUUGGGUCUUGGGUGGAAAUAGUUCAAAACUUGAAGGGAGGUCUCUGAGUUGCCGACUCUCAGACAAAGCCAGUGACCAGUUGCGAAGAUGGUUUGAAGAUGAUGAUGCUCUAGAGCGUUCUAUUAAUGGAGAGUGGUUUCUUUUACCAUGCGGAAAUGAGGCUUUUGCUUCACAACCUAUUGGUUUAAGUAGGGAUGAGAACAAACCAUGUGUGGUUGGGAGGGUGUCACAUGAGGAUUUUCCGGGAAUGUCCAUAGUGAUACCCGCACCCCAGGUUUCAGAAGUGCAUGCUCGUAUAACUUAUAAAGAUGGCGCAUUUUACGUAAUUGAUUUGGGGAGUGAGCAUGGUACCUUUAUCACAGAUAUUGAGGGGAGACGGUAUAGGGCACCUCCGAAUUUUCCUGCUCGAUUCCGUCCAUCAGAUAUGAUUGAGUUUGGUUCAGAUAAGAAGACCGUAUUUCGUGUUAAGGUGAUGAGGUCUCCUCUGAAGAUUUCAGAGAAGAAGGAAGAGGGCCAAGUUCUUCAGUCAGUAUAA